AUGUUCGUUCAAACGGCGUAUCGUCAAGGCCAUGUUUCUAACGGCGAUGGCCCGCUCUCGGUACGACAGCGCAAGGAAAACGAUAUGGGACGGCAAGAUCGGGAUGUGGCCGUUCGUCACCAAGAUGCCUACACGAAGAACAAGCAAGAAUCGAGGUUUUUUAACUCUAUUCAAGCACUGCAGCACCGACAGGUUGUCACUGACAUUGACGAGCUGAUCGAGGCGGUUCAAUGUGCAUUCGACGAGCUUGAUUUUCGUGUGCUGGACAAGACCUUCAUGACCCUCCAAAAGAUCAUGGAGGAGUCGUUGACGAUGGACGUGGACAACUUGUACAAAUUGCCCCAGUAA